AUUACCCUGAACACGCUGGCCUUCUUUAUGCAGUUCCUGCACACCGUGUCCUUGAAUGCGUCCGGUAACAAAAUGACAAUCGAGAACCUGGCCAUUAUCCUGGCGCCGAAUCUGAUGCCCAUAGUGGAAAUGGUUCAACAGCGACUCAAUAGCCACGUCAAAGUGAUUCAGCUGUUGAUUGAAAACUCGCAUCAGAUUGGUGUCGUACCGGAUGCGAUUCUGGAGAAGCUCAAUGAUUCGAUAAGCUUAGUUCGCCAGGGCGCCACGGGCGAGUCGGCUGCAAACACCACCGAUAAAAAGAAAAAGAAACGAAGGAGCGGCUCAUUGACGAGAAUGUUCCAUGGGCUGAAGAAGAUCGUAGGUGCCAUUGGGUCGUCCGAAAGCUUGGACAAGACUGACGAGUUCGUAGAAAAGGACAGUAGUAUGGCGGCGAUUGCCACACCGUGCCUGAACAAAUCUUCUAAAAAGCGUAAGGUCACCGAUGGAAUGCCAUUCAGUGCGAAGAAAAAAAAAGAGAUCGUCUCAUCGCUUCCUGAUGGUCAGGAGAUCUUGCCUUACACUCCGUUGGCUCUGAUGAAGGAGACGAAGAAAUCUCGCCUCAGUCUUGGUGGUGGCAAUAAGAACAAAUCCAGCAAAAAUGGGUCUCGCUUGAUACCGAGUACAUCGGUGACCUCGAUUGUGGACAAUAAGCCAAUGGAACGCCGUUGGAGCGUGGUCGGAGCACCGUGGGCCCGUAAAAAGCAAAAGAAUAAUUCAAAGGCCUCUUCGGAAUCGGGUAGCAAAACCGAAGAAGAGGAUGAAGUCGAAGAGGAAAAAGGUUUGGCAGGUUUGUCUCCGGUGAUUUCAUUGCCCAACUUGGCUACGCCAGAAAUUGAACAGGAACGAGAGCUGUUCGAGGCGCAGAUCUUGAAAAUGCCGCAGAUGAAGGGAAAAGCUCUAUUCAAUGACGAUGACGAUGAAGAUGAUGGCGAAGAAUUCAACGGUAACGGUAAGCAUGAUAACGAUGAAGAAUAUUUGCGCAUACCAAAAAGUGAAUACGAAGCUAUUAAGGAGCGGGUUAGUGCGAUAGAAACGCGAAUUUCACAAGAAUUCGGUAGUAUUAUUGGAGGCGUGGUGGACAAAAGGCAAAGCAUCGAUAACAUAGAUCGAGUAGAGGACAAGUAUCAGCAAACGCUAGAACAUACGGAACCAAUCGAGGCUAGCUGUUCCAGCACCGACCAGCUGGCGAAACGGUUGAGCCGCGAGUUGAAGAUUCGUCGAAGUGCGGAACACAAAGUGAUGCGAUCACCAAGCGCUCGUAAGAUCGGAACAAUCCGCAGACGUUCGAAGGAAAACGUUCGACUGUCUCGCAAUCAAUCAUGGCAUAUGGGAUCGAGCACUACUACUUCUACAAAGGCCAUCCCGCCCUUGACAUCGGAUCUGUCGUUCUAUCCUAAAACGAACCUCAAACGCGGUCGCCCGAACACGGUUCAAUCGGGUCUGAAGCAUCCCGAACUGAGUCCCGUAAAACGGGAAGAUAAUUCCAGUACCGGAUCUGGUCAGAACAUUACUGACGAAGAGAAGCAAGAAGAAAAAUGGACUUGUGCCAAACGAUUUUUUGGAGGGGUAGAUAACCAGGAAAAAGUAUCGAUGGAUACAACUCCGGCGACAAAUUCGAACGAAGAAGUGUUCAAGACUCCCGAAGUGGUGAUUCCAGUGCCAAGAAGAGCUUCCAUACGAUCCGGUGGUAGUAGCAAGAAAGCCCCAACGCCCCAUUUCGUGACUCGUAUUGAAAUCGGCGAGGUUAGAACUCCUAUGCUUCCACCGGAAGUUCCCCCGCGAAAAACUCCAUCAAAAACCCCAAUGCUCCCUCCCAAGACUCCGGGUCGGUUGGAUUCUACCUUGCUGAAAACUCAUCUCACGCCCCUCCAAGAACUGCAAUCCGGACGGGCUUCAAUAGCUCGUUUGCGCAGUCAGAACGCUGGAAUGGUUAUGGCUAAGGCCAAACUAUUCGACGGUAUGGUCACAAGUACGAAUCAGUCUUCGCAGCCGCAGGCCAAUCGUCGUCAAAGCAGUAAAUUUGUGAUGAAGAAGAAUUCCGAUGGAUCCAGAACCCUAAAUCCACUGAUGCACGUUCCGGAAAAGAUUCAGUUGCGACAGGUUCAAAAAGUUCGAACAGUAAGCUCGACUCACAACAUAAAAAGUCCCCGUAGAUCAACGCCGCGUAAGCGGGCCUUGACCAAAUCACCGCAUGGCGGAGGCAUCAAUCGGAGGGAAAAACUUCGACUUGCUGGAAAAUCCCCCGGCACAAAAGCAUUCAAUUCGCCGCUCAUCAUCCGGAAGCUACAGGACGAAUCCAAAAAUCCGGACCUUAGUGUUUACUUUUCGCCGAAUCUGUAUGAUCUGGACAACAAAACUCCCCACAGCAAGAAACAGUUUGCACGGAAUUCUCCCCGAAGGCUUAUCAACACUACUCCACAGGGCCGGGAAAAUAGACCGGUUAAUCCGUCGGGUGGACGGCAGCAGACGCCAAUGAAGGCCACGCCUCUUUCAAAGCUGGCAAUAGUUUCAUCACCAACCGUGGACGGUUUACCGCAGCCACGACGGGAAUCUCCGCGACUGAUGGCCAAUAGUGGCCCACCCAGCCGUAGCAGACCGGUCACCGCGAUGUCCGUUGGGCGAUCUUGAAUACGUACGUAUGUGAGUUGAAUGCUUUCAUUUUUUUAUCAUAUAUCAUGUUUGGCACUUUGUUUAGACGAUUUUAUGUCUGCCAAACAAACGUGACUUAAAAAAAAACCUAAAAUAUUUAGACUGCCAUCUUAUAAUAAAUCUAAGUUUGUAA